GUUGCGCCUUGUCUAGCCUCAACUCAUCCCUGCGUUUGUUGUGAUUCAGCUGAAGAAAGGAAAAAGUGUCCAAACACACACACACAAAAAAAUGCUGAAGCGACGGAGACACACACAAUUAUAAAGAUGGAGUUUAUUAAAGAGGAGAGUAAAGACGUGAAGAUCGAAGUCAAACAUGAAGAUGCUGAGGAACAAACAGACUUAAUGGCACUGAAAGAGAAAGCCUUACUCAAUGAAAUUGAAGAAGAUGAUCAGUAUGAGAUUCUUCAUGAUUUCACAACUGGAGAAAAUGAAAAUCUUGACAUCCACAGGACAAUUCACACUACGGAGAGCCUUUUUACCUGCCAACAGUGUGGAAACCGUUUCACUCAUAAAGGAAGCCUUUACAGGCACAUGAGAGUACACACUGGAGAAAAGCCUUACAUAUGCCCUCGGUGUGGAAACCGUUUCACUCAUAAAGAAAGCCUUAACAGGCACAUGACCAUUCACACUGGAGAGAAGCCUUACAUGUGCACUCAGUGUGGAAAGAGUUUCAGUGAUCCUGGAAACCUUAAAGUCCACAUGAGAGUUCACACUGGAGAGAAGCCUUUUAUCUGCCACUGGUGUGGAAGUAGUUUCAGUCAACAUGUAAAUCUUGAAGCUCACAUGAGAAUUCACACCGGAGAGAAGCCUUUCACCUGCAAACAGUGUGGAAAAAGUUUCAACAGAAAAGGAAACCUUGAUAACCACAUGAGUGUUCACACUGGAAAGAAACCCUUCACCUGCAAUCUGUGUAGAAAAGGUUUCAAGGAAAAACGAAACCUUUAUGCCCACAGGCGAAUUCACAAUACUGAGAGAUUUUUCACCUGCCUACAAUGUGGAAAGAGUUUCGGUCAUAAAGGAUACCUUAACAGGCACACGAGAACUCACACUGAGGAGAAGCCUUACACAUGCUCCCAGUGUGGAAAGGGUUUCAGUCAAAAACGAUACCUUGACGUUCAUGCAAAAAUUCACACUUGAGAAAAGUUACAACCAAAAAAGUAACCUUAAAUGGUGGCUCUUUAAGCAAAAAUACUGUACGUGUGUUUUCUUUUUUCAUCGGUUUACAUUCAUGUAAGACAAAAACGCCUGUGUUUAUGAUGAUAUACUGAUGUAGUUUUCUGUAUAUUGGUCAACAAAAUAUGAAAGAAGUCAGUUUCGGCUCGAAAUAACCUUUUCUACAGUUGAAAUGCACGGAACAGCCCGAGAACAGACACAAACUGGGAAUCUGCAGCGCGAUCGCUGCUCUCUUUAAUUGUUAAGCAGAAUCUAAAUGCACACGUCUUAUCGAAUACCCGGUUCUUUAAAAUUUGCAACCGGUUCUAAAAUGGAACCGGUUUUUGAUACCCAACCCUAGCUUCCAAUCUAUGUCUUUUUGAGAAUGGCUGCAUAAUUCAUCAGCUCCAUCAAUUUGCAUUAAGUCAGUGCCACAGAGCUAGAUAUUAACAACUUUUAAGAGCUGACAGAGUUAAGCCCUUUCCACACUGGGCGCGUUGUGAAAAACCAGAGCAUAUUGCCGACCAACAUUGCUUUCACACAGAACGCAUAACAAUUAUUCACCUUCUCUUAAUUCACACCUGCACACUAGGCACAGAUCAGCAAUGCAUUUUUCCUUCGCUAUGGCCAUGUAUCUCGUAAAUGGAUUUAACAUCAUGGUGAGUUGGUUAUCAAAAAGGCCUGGGAGAGGAAGGUGAGUGAAUGGAAAGGCAGCAGCAUUAUUUCAAUCAUGACUAUGCCCCUAAUGUGCUGUGGAAACUGAGGAAUUAUCAAGAAGCUAUAGGAUCUUGAGGGAACCCAGCAUCAAAUUCCAAAUUUGAUUCCUGGCCAGGUUAAAGGUUUUCUAUUCUGAAGGCUCGGUUGACAUUAUUGUUGCAUGUGCAGUACUCCACAAUAUUGCCACCAUCAGAAAGGAGAGGCCCCCGGUGGUGGAGGUGCAGUCUGAUGAUGACCUCCAGCCAGUGCACUUGGACCACCCUAGUGACAGAGCUGCACGGGACAGGAUUGUGGAACACCAUUUUUUAUUACAUUUUCUCUUUACACUAAAAAGCCUUCAUUAAAUUAAUAAAAUACAAUUCAUCAUGA